AUGGCCCUUCCUGGCGUCGGCGGUCUGUCGGUCAAGAAACUGUUCUGGCCAGUCAUCUGGUUAUGUAUUGUUAUCAUUUUCGUGGCCACCGAAUACAGCAGACAUUCUCCUUCGGGCGGACAACCCACGAACACCACCGACUCCUUCGUCAAUAUCACUACCAGCAUCGCAGAUAAGAUCAAAGCAAUCCCAGAGUAUUAUGAUAUGCUCACUGGAUCCACCCAAGAUGACAUUAAAACCAACACCACGAUCAAAACUGCAGAGAUCACGACGAGCAUCAAGGCCGCAGUCAUCAUAGAAACUCGCAGAUCGGCAGCGAUUAUCCCUCUCAUUCUACACUUCAGUGCAGUCCUCGGCCCCGACUGGCCCAUCGUCAUCUACACCAGCGCCGAGAACUUCGGUAGCUUCAGCACAUCCGAAGCCCUCCUCCGACACCAAGCCAACGGACGCAUCGUGGUACGCUCUUUGGCAGAUGGCCUCUAUUUCCCAAACUGGGAUUCCGUAUCCAAUUUCCUCACCACACCCUGGAUGUGGCGCGAUCUCGCUCCAGCUGAAUAUCUUCUCGUCUUUCAAGCCGAUAGUGUGCUUUGUUCCAACUCUGUUCGCAGCGUCGAGGACUUCUUCGAGUGGGAUUUGAUUGGGGCUCCCAUUUCGCCGCAGUGGGGACAGGGAUAUAAUGGUGGAUUGAGUCUAAGAAGGAGGAGUACAACGUUAAGGGUUCUGCAGGAAUAUGAUUGGAGCAAGAACCCACAUCCGCGAUAUGAAGAUCAGUGGUAUUACUUUAGAAUGAAGGACUUGAUCGCCAGAGACAUAGAAGAGUUAGGCGAAAGCAAGAUCAAGUUGCCCUCAAUGGAAAUUGCAAGGACCUUCGCAGUGGAGACGAUCGAUUACCCUAGCCCUUUGGGCUUGCAUCAACCUACCAGGUGGUUCCCGGCUGAUAAGCAUAUGACCCCUUUGGAUGAUUGGUGUCCUGAAUACAAGCUAGCCAGGACUGAUAGGAUUAAUGAAUAG